AUGAUUGAACCACUCCUAACUAAGUGCGGUUGGCGCCUCAAGAACACUGAUACGGCAAAGGACCGCCAACUUAGAGCAGCUGUGACCUCUCUAGCAGCCAUCCACUGCCAGUCGGAUGCAGGCCUUGCUGCCUCCUGUGUCGAGAUGACUCUAGAUUACCUUGAUGACCACACAAGCCUAGCUGAUGAUGUUCGGGCAUCGGUGUUCAAGUUGGCCCUAGCUGGUGGGGAGAGUAGCGAUGAGCUCUGGAGGCAGCUCGUAAGUAAGGCUGAAGAUCCCGCUACACCACAGACUGAACGUGUCGACAUAUACCACGCGAUAGGAUUCGUCCGCAGCAAAGCACUGAAGCGGAAGGUUUUACAGUGGAGUCUGACGCCAUCGGUGAAGACCCAGGAUUUCUUCUUCCCAAUGGCGAGCGUUAGGCUCUCCUCGAAGGACGGCGCUGACCUUGCCUGGGAUUGGCUGGAGACGAACUUCAGUGCUGUUCGUAGCAGAGUGUCUACGGCGAGCUCGACUCUCCUGGCCUCUGUCCUUAUCAGCUGCUCGAGGAAUGCUUAUACAGUGGAAAUGGCGGAGCGUGUGGAGAAGCUGAUGGCCGAUAACAACCUGAAGGGGGUAAUCAUACAUAGCUGCAAGAGGAAGGCCAUAUGGUUCAUCUGCAUGAAG